AUGAAGACGUCGGACGCACUUUACAUCCACCACGGAUUCGCAUCAUCUCGGCAUGACGAAUUUUCUAGCGGAGCUAUCCGCUGUACUGGGAAUCUCCCCGUCGAGAAGAGGUAUUGCAGCAAAGAGCAUCAAGUGAAGCAUUGGCCCGCUCAUAAACAUGUUUGCAAGGCAUCCCGCCAGCAACCGAUCACUGACUUCAAGCCUCUGAAUAAUGAAACUCGGGGGAAUGAGCGGAACGGGAGCGAUCCGAUGAGUGAAGAUGAGUUGCGUUCGAUUGUGAAUGACUUAUGCAACAAUCACACCCAAUGGAUCGACAGCCUCAGCAAACAACUCACGAUUCCCCCGCCCGACGAUAGCUGGCUGGAGCAGAUGAAAGUACAGGUUGUGUACGAUAUGAACAGUUUCGGAGUUUGUGUGGUGGAUAAUUUCUUGGGGUCCGAUCGGUCGAAUGAAAUCUACGCCGAAGUUGUUCGGCUGUAUCGUCAGAGGAGCUUGUUCCAACGGGGACAAGUUGUCAACGAAGCCGGCAGCGGGGGCGUGAUGGUUCGCGGUGACCACAUCGCUUGGCUGGAAGGCACCGAACCUUACUGCAACAACAUUCGCUUCCUGAUUAGGUCAUUGGACUCGAUCGUGGCCCGGUGCGUCGCUCACACGAACUCCGCUGGAGAAAUGGGGCUGUACCGAAUAACACAACGCACAAAAGCAAUGCUGGCUUGUUAUCCCGGAGGAGGGAGCAGGUACGUGAAACACGUCGACAAUCCAAACUUCGACGGUCGGAAAAUCACGUGCAUCUAUUACGUCAACAAGGAUUGGAACGGGGAGCGGGACGGAGGGCUGCUCCGCAUUUUCCCCGAAAAUCACAGGAACCAUGUCGCCAGCGUGGAACCAAUUCUCGACCGGCUCGUUAUGUUCUGGUCUGAUCGACGCAAUCCUCACGAGGUGCUUCCCGCGCAAAAGAUGCGAUUUGCAAUCACUGUUUGGUAUCUCGAUGAUAACGAGAUUGCCAUGCAAACAUGCUUGCCUGGCGGCUCCACAGUCGCUCAGAGCUCCAAGAAUCAGAUGAUGGCGCCUUUCCAAUACGGCAAUACUUAGGAAGAAUGUGGAUCUAUUGGAUAGCCAUAGUCAUAAUCGAUGGGCUAAAUUCAGUCUGACCGUUCUCGGUCCAAUGUGAGCCUCGACGACUUAGAGUCACCACAAAUGACCGAACUUUAUCGCUCAAAAAGGGAAGCGCAAAGGGAACACCUCGAUGAAUGAUG